AGCUUCGUAGAGAAAGCUACGAGCAGUGAGCUUCCGUUCUCUGCUAGGCUCCCACCCGCUCCGCCAUCAUCUUGAACAAUAAAAAGGAUUAAAAUAAAACCAAGACGACUAUUAUGUCUGACAGCAGAGUCAGACUAAUCUAGUGACAUUAUAUACGUUGAUUAAAUAUGAGAGCGGCGGAAUAUGAUGAUGAUGAUGAUGAUACGCGGUACAGUGUCGUUUUGUUCACUGACAAUCAGCUGAUGUUCAUCUGGAGCUGAGAGAGAGAGAGAGUCGCACUUAUGAGCCUUUACUCAAACAUCUAACAUUUUAUCUGCACAUUCAGCGAUAAAUGUAUGGCAUUGAUGCUCAAAUGAAGAUUGCUUGUGUGGACUGAAGAAAGCAGCGUUUUAUUUUCACCAGGCCGGACACUGAGCUAGCUUUAGCUUUUAGCUUUAGCUUUGGCUUUUAGUUUUAGCCUUUAGCUUUUAGCUUUAGUUAGCUACAGCGGAGACACCACGGCGCUGGCCAUGCCAUCGAGUGUGCGGGCCGGGAGUCUGAAGGACCCGGAGGUGGCUGAGCUCUUCUUCAGGGAGGAUCCAGAGAAACUCUUCACAGACCUCCGGGAGAUCGGCCAUGGAAGUUUCGGUGCCGUCUAUUUUGCCCAUGACAUCCGCACCAAUGAAGUGGUGGCCAUUAAGAAGAUGUCGUACAGCGGCAAGCAGUCGAAUGAGAAGUGGCAGGAUAUCAUCAAAGAAGUGAAGUUCCUUCAGAAGCUGCGGCACCCCAACACCGUGGAGUACAAAGGCUGCUACUUGCGAGAGCACACAGCAUGGCUGGUGAUGGAGUAUUGUUUAGGUUCAGCCUCUGAUCUGAUAGAAGUACACAAGAAGCCACUGCAGGAAGUAGAGAUUGCAGCGAUUAUUCAUGGUGCUCUGCAGGGCCUGGUGUACCUCCACUCCCACAACAUGAUUCACAGAGACGUGAAGGCUGGAAAUAUCUUGCUGACUGAGCCAGGGCAGGUGAAAUUGGGAGAUUUUGGCUCUGCCUCCAUCGUGGCACCUGCCAAUUCGUUUGUAGGCACACCGUACUGGAUGGCACCUGAGGUGAUAUUGGCCAUGGACGAGGGGCAGUAUGAUGGGAAAGUGGAUGUGUGGUCACUUGGCAUCACCUGUAUAGAGCUGGCGGAAAGAAAGCCUCCCUUAUUCAACAUGAAUGCUAUGAGUGCCUUAUACCACAUCGCUCAGAAUGAAAGCCCAGUCCUGCAGUCUAAUCACUGGUCGGAUUAUUUCCGAAAUUUUGUGGACUCCUGUCUACAGAAGAUUGCCCAGGACAGACCUACCUCUGACGUGCUGCUCAAGCAUCAUUUCCUGUGUCGUGAGCGUCCUCUAACUGUGGUGAUGGAUUUGAUUGCACGCACUAAAGAUGCUGUGCGAGAGCUGGACAACCUACAGUACCGCAAAAUGAAGAAGAUACUUUUCCAGGAAACGCACAAUGGUCCUGCUGCAGAGGGCACCGAGGAGGAGGAGGAUGUGGAGCAGUACAUGCUGCGUACAGGCACGGUGAACAGCAUGGAGAGCUCCCACUCAUUGCCCUCCAUGUCGAUCAGCGCCAGCUCACAGAGUUCUUCAGUGAACAGCCUAGCUGAUGGCUCAGAUGACAGUGGUGAGAUGGCCAUGAUGCAGGAGGGAGAGCACACGGUCAGCUCCAACAGCUCCAUAUUGCACAAACCACUGAGCCACGAUAACAUCUACGAUGAGCCUUACCAGCCUGAGGUGGACUCUCAACAGCAGGGUCCAUCCGGAGGAGGAGGAGGCGGUGGAGGAGGAAGGCGCCGUCGAGGCCGUGAUCACUUUGCCACCAUCCGUACGGCCUCACUGGUGACACGGCAGAUUCAGGAACACGAGCAGGGUUCGGCGCUCAGAGAGCAAAUGACCGGUUACAAGCGUAUGCGCCGGCAGCACCAGAAGCAGUUGAUGGCCCUGGAGAACAAGCUGAAGUCUGAGAUGGAUGAGCAUCAGCUGCGGUUGGACAAAGAGCUUGAAACACAGAGGAACAACUUCAGCAGUGAGAGCGACAAGCUCAGCAAGAAGCACCAGGCCAUACUGGAGAAAGAGUGUAAGAAUGCUACAGCAGAGGAAAAGAAGUUCCAACAGCACAUCUUGACUCAGCAGAAGAAAGAGCUUACUUCUCUACUUGAGUCUCAGAAACGCCAGUACAGACAACGCAAAGAGCAGCUCAAGGAGGAGCUGAAUGAGAACCAAUCCACACCAAAGCGAGAGAAGCAGGAGUGGCUGGUGCAGCAGAAGGAGUGUCUGCAGCAGCACCAGGCUGAGGAAGAGGCAGGCUUGCUGCGACGCCAGAGGCAGUAUUAUGAGCUGCAGGGCCGCCAGUACAAGAGGAAGAUGCUGCUGGCACGGCAUAACAUGGAGCAGGACCUACUCAGAGAGGUAUCGUGUGGACACACACACAACCUCAGGAUCCUCUACCCGGACCUGAAUAAGAAACAGACCCUGAAGGACCUGGAGUGCGCAAUGCUGCUGCGACACCACGAGACCACACAGGAGCUAGAGAUGCGUCAACUGAGUCUGGUUCAGAGAACGCGGGCAGAUCUGAUUCGCACCCAGCAUCAGAGCGAACUCACCAACCAGCUCGAAUACAACAAGCGGCGUGAACAGGAGCUGCGCCAGAAACAUGCUGUUGAAGUCCGCCAACAGCCAAAGAGCCUCAGAUCUAAGGAGCUGCAGAUCAAGCGGCAAUUCCAGGACACGUGUAAGAUCCAGACACGGCAGUAUAAGGCAUUGAGGAACCACCUGCUGGAAAACACCCCCAAAUCGGAUCAUAAGGCCAUGCUAAAGAGGCUGAAGGACGAGCAGACGCGCAAGUUGGCCAUCCUUGCUGAGCAGUAUGACCACAGCAUCAAUGACAUGCUGUCUACACAGGCUCUGAGAUUGGAUGAGACCCAGGAGGCAGAGUAUCAGGCACUCAAGAUGCAAUUGCAGCAGGAGCUUGAGCUGCUGAAUGCAUAUCAGAGUAAGAUCAAGAUCCACACUGAUUCACAGCAUGAGAGAGAGGUCAAGGACCUGGAGCAGAGAGUGUCCAUCCGUAGAGCUCUGCUGGAGCAGAGGAUAGAGGAGGAGAUGCUGUCCUUGCAGAAUGAGCGCUCUGAGAGGAUCCGUUCACUGCUAGAGCGUCAAGCCGGUGAGAUCGAGGCCUUCGAUUCAGAGAGCCUGCGUCUUGGCUUCAGUAGCCUGGCGUUGACGGGCAUUCCCUCUGAGGCAUAUCCAAAGCAGGGUUAUCAGUCUGGGCACUGGAGCCAUGGAGGUGCACCACCUCACCCACACGCUCACCCGCGUCGAGGUCCCAGCCGCUCUGAAUCUUCUUCCUCUUCCUCCCAUGUCCUGGGCCCUCUGCACCACUCUUCCCGCUCCUCAUCUUCGUCCUCCUCUUCGUCUCACCAUCAUCGCCACCACCUGGCUCAACACUACCACCAUCAAAGCACACCGCAGCUGUACCGUGAGCGAGAGAGGGAUAGGGAACGGGAAAAAGAGAGGGAGUGGGGAGGAAGUGGUGUCAGGGCUGAGCUCGUCCAUCCGCAUGCCUUCCCACAUCAUCUUCCCUCUCGUUCAUCUUCUCAGUCCCUGGCUCUUCUCCCUCCUCCUCCUCCUCCAGCACCAGCCUCCAUCUCACUUUCAUCCUCCUCCUCCUCCUCCUCCUCCUCCUCUCAGGGGGUAUAUGGAGGUGGUGGAGGAGGGCUAGUGGUGCGAGGCCCAAGCCUGAUGGCUCUGAGGAACAGCCCUCAACCACUACGCAGAACGGCGUCCGGGGGUGGAGGACCAAGUGCCGAUGGAGUGUUGAGCCGCAGCACUUCUGUCACCUCCCACAUCUCCAAUGGCUCCCACCUCUCCUACUCUUAGAGCUGAUUGUAAAUCCUCAGAUUUUUUUUUUUUUUUGGAGGAAGUUUCACUUUUUUUUCAUCUAGUGUAUUUUAAGUGUGGGAGAAAAGGGAGAGAAAUAGAAAGAGCACAUCUUAUUGCUGUUUUUAUUUAGUUGUUGCUCAUCGUAGGCAUUUGAUUUUUGUAAUGUUGAAAACAUGACUGGCUUGAAUCAUCAACACUGCCUUUAAGAAUGUUUAAAGGAAUGAUGUGGUACAUACAUUUCUAUUCGGCGAUGGAGGAUACUUGCGAACUUGAACUAGAUAUGAAUGCAGAAUGUUUAUAAAGUUACAGUUAUGUCUUUCAAACGCUUACACGACUUUGUGCGUGCGUUAAUUAAAAAAAAGUCAGACUUUACGAUAUCAUUUGUGUCCAGUGCAUGAGAUUAAUGUACAAAAAAAAACAAUUUGUAUUUGUAACCUACAUUUGAAUACGUAAGGCUACUGUACUUGUCAAUCGUAGACUUUUGUCAGGUUCCCACCAACUGGAACUUUUAUUGUAUAUAAUAUCCGAAGUGUUAAAGCGUUUGUGUCUUCAGUUUUCUAUAGUAAUGAUAAUCAUCAUAACUUUGAUAUAUGUGAAUGGAAUAUACUGAACAUUAUAGGUACAGUGGGGAGUUCCAUCUUUAUUAUGUGCACUUUUUUCCAAAAACAAAAGUUCAUUUUAACCAGUCAACUUGUAAAAAAAACAAACAAAAAAAAACAUUAAUUUUAACUUUAAAAAAUGUUACUGUCAGAUUUGGUGUUAUAGAUAUUAAUGGUUACAAACAUUUGACUAUUAAUAAUUUGUAUGAUUGCAUGUUGGCUGAAUUGUACACAAUUCACUAAUAUUUCCCCCUUUUUUCCACCAUCCACGAAUACCAUGUUGGAUAGAAAUCUUUUUCAGAAAACAGUAUGAAUGUGACAUCAAACUCUCAAGUGGUUUCAAUCAGUAAUUUUUAAGGUAAUCACACAUGAAGAGACGCUUCUUCUGACGAGUUGGGUGUUUUGGGAAUAUUGAGGCUGUUUCUUUUUUUUCUUUCAGCAAAAUUAAAACAGCCCUUACAGAAAGCAUGAAAUUCAUGUCUCAAAGAAAAAAACAUGUAUAUAAAACCAUGGGAAUGUACAAACAGGUGAAUAGUGCAUUCCCCAGUCAAAGGGUAAUCACCAAGACAGUGUUUGCUCCUCAGAGAUACAAAAAAGUGAGAACCACCAGCUUUGAUGAAUCUAUAAUCUACAUCUUUUGUGCUUGGUUUAAAUCAGUGCAUGCAGAACAACUCCUAUUUGUUAAAUAUCUAGUUGAUGAGAGGGCCGAUGAUGUGCCAUAGCAAUGUAUUUUAUGCCCCAAGUGACUGGUUUCAGAGCAGUGUUCAAUGAUCUGCUCUAAAUAGUAUAUGUAAGGGCUAAUGCGGACUGAGCCGGCCCUGGACAGGGCUGGCGCACGUCUGAAAUCAUGUACGAUGGUAAAGGAGGCUCUCGUGCUUAGGAUACGUGUUUUCAUCUCAAGUGUGUAGGAUGACUGUAAAAGUGACUACAGGAUAGAGCAGCUUUUACUGAAAGGACAUUUUUAGUAAAGACUUUAAACUUAUAAAAUAUUUACAUUAAGCUGAUUCUGGCUUGAAGGAAAUGGGUCGUUUGGAAAUGUGUUGAACAAAAAUGAAAAGUAAUUUAAAAGGUAAUAAAUUAAUAUUAACAUAGAAAGUCUCCCUGUGAUUAUUUCAACAACAAGAAGAAAAUUUAUUUAAAAAAAAAAAAGUCAUGAGCUAUGGUACUUGGAUUGUUGUUUAAAGACUGUAGAGGGAUUUUAGAGUCAGAUAUUUGUUAUUAUUUUCAUUAUUUAGUUAUUUUUAAAUAACUAAAUAACCCCCCGUGUUCCAUAGAUAGUCACGUGCGUUAAGUCCCGGCGUGGAGGAAAGAAAAAAAGAAAGACACGCGCCCUUUAAGACAUGCACGUUAUUUAUACGCUUAUUGUUUCUCUUUAGCGGCCCUGUGACGUCAGCGCUGUGAGCGCGAGGCCGCUUUUUUUGUUUUUGUUAUUUCUGUCGGCAGAGAUCCUGAACGCUUUCGAUGCAGGUCGGCGGUGUCCGAAAGCGCACGUUAGUCUGCUUCAUAGCACGUGAAGGUAGUGUGUGACUGUAGGGUGUGAUUAUAGUGUGUAACGGUACGGUUUGGGAUAACGUUUAGUGCGCGGUUCGGAGAGCACGCGUACACACACGCACACACACGCACACACGGAAAUGGGGGGGUCUUAAAGGGAUCUCUUUAAGAGCAACCGGGGACGUAGCGGUGAGAGAGUAAAGGAGAGGAGGGGGAGAAGAAAGAGGAAUUUAAAAAAGAAAAGGAAGAAAGGAGACAGGGGAGGGAGGGGGAGAGAGUCAGGGAGAGAAAGAGAGAGAGCACCGCGAUUUAAAAAAAAAAAAAAAAAAAAAAAGAUGUCAUCGUGCGAAGGGAAGCGCCGAGGUGGAGCGGGAGGCCGCGGCCGGGCUACGGCACCGCUUGCCCGGGUCACGGCGUGAACGCAACACCGAGGCUUCGAACAAAACACCCGAUUGGCCUGUUCGGGGCGGGCGGGGGGACGCCAGGGAAGGGGGACAAAAAUAACACAGAUUUAUCAAUUGCUUCUGUUUUUAAACCUCUUUCAACAUCCCUUACUGUGUGUGUGACGGCUUAAAGCAGGUGUAAAAACGAGCCAGAUCAAGACGUUCUGCUGCAUGUUGUGUGUUUAUAACGCUGUUUAUAACGCUGUGUACCUGACAUUAACGCGUCGUGUGACGUUUCCGGCGGUUUGUUUACACAUAAAUGUGCAGCGAACAGGGUGUUAAACCUGUAAUCAGUGCAGUGGCUCAAGUGCAGCAGACAAUAAUAAUAAUAAUAAUAACAAGAAUAAUAAAAAGGAU